GGGACCGAAUGACGACGAGCCACCGCUUUGAAUAUAUCCUGUUAUAUCGUUCUUUCAUCGUGAUGUGCGGCCGAUCAUCCGGCGACGGGGCGAGACGUUGGACCCAGGUGCGACAGUCGAAGCGAAGAAGCGAGGGAAGACGGCGGUUAUCGCGCGCCCACAUGGCACCGCGAUAAGAUCGGCACGACAGGCAUCCUGAUCGAAUGGACGCGGCGCAUCGCGAUACCGAUACUUAGCGGGAACCCGGAGGUGUACUUUCCUGUAUUCGGUGGGACACGCACGUCGUCGUCGUCGUGCGGCAACCACCCGGCGCGAUGGCGAACACCGGAGUGUUGCCGUUCGUGCGAGGCGUGGACUUUAGCAGCAACGACUUCGGCGAUGACAAAUUUCCUGAAUCCGUGCGUCUUAUGACUGGAAUACAAUGGUUGAAAUUAGACAAAACAAAUUUAACAGAGAUUCCGGAGGAAAUGGGCAAAUUAUUGAAAUUGGAACAUCUGUCACUUGUCAAAAACAAGUUGGAACGCUUGUAUGGAGAAUUGACAGAAUUAGGGUGUCUCAGAACAUUGAAUAUAAGGCAUAAUAAUAUAAAAUCUAGCGGUAUUCCAGCGGAAUUAUUUCACUUAGAGGAAUUGACAACGUUAGAUUUAAGUCAUAAUAAUUUGAAGGAGGUACCUGAAGGUCUAGAGAGAGCACGUUCUUUGCUCAAUCUUAACUUAAGCCAUAAUCAUAUCGAGACUAUACCAAAUACAUUGUUUAUCCACUUGACAGACUUAUUGUUUUUGGAUCUUAGUCACAAUAAAUUAGAAACAGUGCCACCACAAACUCGACGUUUGGCUAAUCUACAGACUUUAAAUCUGAAUCAUAAUCCUUUGGGUCAUUUUCAAUUAAGACAACUGCCAUCAUUGAUGAAUUUAACGACGUUACAAAUGCGGAACACACAACGAACAUUGAGUAAUAUACCUUCUAGUCUAGAAACUCUAACCAAUUUGCAAGAACUCGAUUUGUCGCAAAAUAAUUUACCCCGAGUGCCCGAUGCACUUUAUUCCUUAUCGAAUUUACGUCGUUUAAAUCUCAGUGACAAUCAGAUAAUAGAAUUAUCAACAGCCAUCGAACUGUGGAUGAAAUUGGAAACUCUGAAUGUGUCACGAAACAAAUUAAGUGCAAUACCAGCUUCUCUGUGCAAGAUUUUCACAUUAAAAAGAUUGUAUUUAAAUGAUAAUGAAUUGGAUUUUGAGGGUAUACCUUCUGGAAUAGGAAAAUUAUCGUCCUUGCAAGUAUUCUCUGCUGCUAACAAUCAUUUAGAAAUGAUACCAGAAGGAUUAUGCAGAUGUGGCUCAUUAAAGCAAUUAAUAUUAACAUCGAACCGAUUAAUCACUGUACCAGACGCCAUUCAUCUUCUUACCGAUCUAGAACAGUUGGAUUUGCGAGACAAUCCAAAUUUAGUGAUGCCACCAAAACCGACAGAAGUGCAAAGGGGAUCAGGCAUCGAAUUUUACAAUAUCGACUUCUCGUUGCAACAUCAGUUGCGUCUUGCUGGUGCUAAUGUACCAGUUCCAGUUCAAGCUGCUAACAGUAAAGAUCCAAUCGCACGUAAAAUGAGAUUAAGAAGAAGGAGAGAUCAGGAAGAGGCUGAUCAAGAUCAAGCCAAGAUACUUAAGGGCAUGAAAGAUAUAGCAAAGGAAAAGAAUAAAGAUAAAGAAUGUGAGGAAUCGAAAGCAGAAUCCUUAAAACCCAAGCGAUGGGACGAAGCUUUAGAGAAACCACCACUAGACUACUCCGAAUUUUUUGACGAGGAUGCUGGUCAAAUACCCGGGCUAUCGAUUUGGGAGAUAGAAAACUUUCUGCCAAACGAGAUCGAAGAGGUAGCGCAUGGCAAGUUUUACGAAGGCGAUUGUUACAUCAUCUUGAAAACCGGGAUAGACGAAGGUGGAUCAUUGACCUGGGCGAUCUAUUUUUGGAUUGGAGAAAAGGCAACGUUGGAUAAGAGAGCGUGUGCGGCGAUCCAUGCUGUGAAUCUGAGGAACUAUUUAGGCGCACAAUGUCGGACGAUUAGAGAGGAACAGGGAGAUGAAUCAGAUGAAUUUCUAAUGCUGUUUGAUUCGGGUAUCACAUACAUCGAAGGCGGGCGAACGUCGUCUGGUUUUUACACGGUGGAAGAUACACCGGCAAUUACUCGUUUAUGCAGAGUACACGCGGCAGGAGCGUCUAUACACCUGGAACCAGUUCCAGUCUGUAUCGAAUCUUUGGAUCCUGGUUAUGUAUUUGUUCUUGACAUAGGAAACAAGAUAUUCAUAUGGUAUGGAAAGAAAGCAAAAAGCACCCUGAAAUCCAAGGCGCGACUGAUGGCGGAGAAAAUUAAUAAGAACGAACGGAAAAAUAAAGCUGAGAUUAUAACGGAAGUUAUGAAUACCGAGUCGGAAGAUUUCCUGCUACAUUUAGGCGUGGAAGAGGAUGAACGGAAAGAUCUACAAAUAAUUGAACAUGUAGAUCCAAAUUUUGUGCCUCUUGCACCUAGAUUAUAUCAAGUUCAACUCGGAAUGGGCUAUCUGGAAUUACCGCAGGUCGAAGUUCCUCAUGGAAAAUUAACAAAUACCUUGCUAAAUAAUCGCAAUGUGUACAUAUUAGAUUGCUAUUUAGAUGUAUAUGUUUGGUUUGGUAAAAAAUCAACGAGAUUAGUGCGCGCCGCUGCUGUAAAAUUAUCUCAAGAAUUGUUUAAUAUGAUAGAAAGGCCGGAAUACGCAAUGGUAACAAGAUUACAAGAGGGUACUGAAUCCCAGAUCUUCAAAUCUAAAUUUAUUGGAUGGGACGAAGUAAUCGCUGUGGAUUUCACUAGAACGGCUGAAUCAGUCGCUAAAACUGGUGCAGAUCUCACUAAAUGGGCUAAGCAACAAGAAACAAAAGCGGAUUUGGCUGCUUUAUUUAUGCCGCGUCAACCGCUGAUGUCGGCUACCGAAGCGCAUCAACUUAUGACGGAGUGGAACGAGGAUUUGGAAGGAAUGGAAGCGUUGGUGUUGGAUGGAAAAAAAUUCGUACGUCUGCCAGAGGAGGAGCUAGGACACUUUUACAGUGCAGAUUGUUACGUUUUCUUAUGUCGGUACUGGAUGCCACUAGAUAUAACGGAGAACGAAGAUGGUGAGGAGCAAUACGAAGAUGAUUAUCAGUGUACAGUGUAUUUUUGGCAAGGCAGAGAUGCAGGAAACAUGGGAUGGUUAACGUUUACAUUUAGUUUGCAAAAGAAAUUUAAAUCAUUGUUCGGCGAAAAUUUGGAAGUUGUGAGAACACAUCAGCAACAAGAAAAUCUAAAGUUCAUGAGUUAUUUCAAACGGAAGUUCAUCAUUCAUCAAGGCAAACGGAAACAGCCGAAACCUGCGGGUAGUAACAAAGUGGAAUUUUAUCAUCUGCGAAGUAACGGUAGUGCCUUAUGUACUCGACUUAUUCAAAUAUCGGCAGAUUCAACAUUAUUAAAUUCUGCGUUCUGUUAUCUCUUAAAUGUGCCAUUCAACAAUUCUGAUGAAGGAACCGGUAUUGUGUAUGCGUGGAUUGGAUCGAAAGCUGAUCCUGAAGAAGCUCGUUUAAUCGGAGAAAUUGCAGAGGAAAUGUUCAAUAAUCCUUGGAUAAGUUUGCAAGUGUUAAACGAAGGCGAAGAGCCAGACAAUUUCUUCUGGGUGGCACUUGGAGGAAAGAAACCAUACGACACUGAUGCAGAAUAUAUGAAUUAUACAAGACUAUUUAGAUGUUCUAAUGAAAAAGGAUAUUUCACCAUUAGCGAGAAGUGCACCGAUUUUUGCCAAGAUGAUUUGGCAGAUGAUGAUAUAAUGAUCCUUGAUAAUGGAGAACAAGUGUUUCUCUGGCUAGGCACUCGUUGUUCGGAAGUCGAAAUCAAAUUGGCCUAUAAAUCAGCUCAGGUAUAUAUUCAACACUUGCGCGUGAAGCAACCCGAGAAACCCCGUAAGUUAUUUUUAACUGCCAAAGGUAAGGAAUCCAGGAGAUUCACGAAAUGUUUUCACGGUUGGGGUUUACACAAAAGACCGCCGCAGUAAAAUCGAGUCAGUUUUCACUCUCUACGCUUAAGGUUUGGAAUAGUUUUAUACACAGGUCAAAUGAACACAAGCGUAACAUUAGAUUUGUAAUGUAUCGCGAUCUUGUUUUUCUCGUUUUUACUCGCACUUCGCAAUCAAACGGAAGUCAAUCCAUCGCAAUAAUCUGUGUAUCUUUGAUGCAAACAAUCGAUCUAAAUGAGAAAAUAUGAUAAUUGCUCACUAAAUAAUAAUAUAUCUAAUUUACGAAGCUUAUAUUUUCGCGAUUGCUUUUGACUAACUUGAAUAAUUCUUUAUGCUAUCUUGAGCACAUAUUAUUUACUACUAUGGAUCAAUCUGUUUGGCGUAUAUAAUUCAAUCCAGAUUUAUUUUAUCAGUAGAUGGGCACUUGUUCGAUUUAUGUCUGAUACAGUUUUUCUAUCAAAAAAACUUGUAUUUUGGACUUUAACAAGAUUCUUUGUGAUGAGAUUCUCUUCUACUUUAUUACACACUAAAAAGAAGAUUUAUCUGCCUUAUUCAUUAUAAUCUGUGUUCUGUGUAUUCAACAAGACUUAUUUAUUUAUUUAUACACAUAUUUAUGAACUUUCGUACAGACUAGACUGUGUAUCUGCUUUUAUUUCUUACAAUUUUGUUUCAGAUAACUAAUGUGAUUGUACACAUUUUUUAAAUUAUUCGAUGAAUUGUGAUACAAAUUUUAUCGUCGAAUUGUAAUAUUAAAAAAGCUUUUUUUUAGGGGGAAAUAUCAAUCUUUUUGUAAGAAGGAUAAAUUCAUUAUUUGUAUAGUGUUAAAAGAGUUGAAAUAGAGUCUUUUCACGAGUUUUCUAGAUUUGUGCUAUGCGCCUCUAGUAAAUAUUAUUAAAAUGUCAAUUCUAAGCAGGCUAUUGAAAAUCGCAUUUAGAAAUUUGUGAAUAUUCAUCGAAGACUGAAAAGAGAUACGUGUAAUUAUAAUAGCAUGUACAUCUGAUAUAAAACGCCACUCGAUUGUAUAGAUGCCAUAACGAGCGUUUUUGUAUUACUUACACUGUAUUUAACAUAUAAUUCAAUUUAUUUAUAUACAUUAUAUAUAUAUAUAUAUAUAUAUUAUAUUUAGAUCAAGACACAAUAGAGUGUCUUGCGCCAAGUCAUGCACAACAACAGCAAAGUUUAUACAUAGAUUUUUUUAAAAGAUCUACUUAGCUUCCAACAACUGUAUAAAUAAAUAUUUCUAUGAUAAUUUACAUAA